AAUUCCAUUUGCAAGCUAAAAAAAAAAAUAAAAAAGAAAAAGCGGAAAUAUUUUUGUGCCCGUAGCCAAAAAAGCGAAAAUCCAAUGGAAUUAAGGUGCAAUAAACGCGUUCCAAUGGCUAAACGUCAUUAGGUGUUGUGCGCGAAGAACAAUUUGCGUUGGAAUAUUCGUAUUCCGAUAGCACGGCCGAAUCCUCCCCCCCUCGCAACGGAGUGUGUGGCUCGGGUUCCUCUUCUGUUGAUAUAAAAUUUGUUGUUUUUAUUACGAAACCUCCGCGGUCUGUCCGCGUCCGAUUGGGAGAUCAGGACAGGGAUUAGGCGGGGGAACCAACAGUAGCCACAUUCUUAUUGCAAUGGCCAUGCACUCGUACAUGCGGACGGGCCCCAGCCAGAGUCAGACUCAAGCGAGCAGCCUGAGUCCGGACGAGAUGAACGGCUUCCUCAAAGAUAAGCAGGCGUGGGAGCAUGCGAUAUCGCUGUACCACGGACAGGAUCCCCUCGAUCAUUGGUACAACUAUAUCUGCUGGUACGAGAAUCAUGCGCACAGCGAUCCGGAGCUGAAGUUCCGAGAGACGCUCGAACGCUGUCUGACCCAGUACGAGCACAGCGAUUACUACAGGCAGGAUGCGCGCAUGGUGCGCCUGUGGCUGAAGUACAUAGCCAUGCAAACGGAUCCGCUGCACUUCUAUCAGGUGCUGUACCAGCGCCGCACGGGGCGGCAAGUGGCCGCCUUCUACAUUGGCUGGGCCAGCUACUACGAGUCGCGGGAGGAGUUCAAGGACGCCGAGACUGUCUUCAAUCUGGCCUUCCAGGAGAAGGCCGAAAGCAAUGCCGAGCUCCAGCAUGCGCACACAAAGUUUACCUAUGCCCGUUCAAUGCAUUAUCAGCGGCUGCAACAGCAGCAGCAGGCGCAACAGCAACAGCAGCAGCAGCAGCCGCCACCCGAUGCCUUGCAGCAGUUGGCCAACUACACGCAGCAGCUGCCGCAAAGCUAUGCACCACGUCCACAGCCAUAUCAGCAGCAGCAGCCGCCGCCACAGCACGCGUCUGUUUAUCAGCAGCAGCAACAAUAUCCGCCACAACAGCCGCCGCCACUCCAGCCACCGCCGGUUCAUGCGCAGGAGCAGGUGGCUGCGUAUCAGGCGCACUACCAGGAUCAGCCGCGCUAUGAACAGCAGCAGCUGCCGCCCCCACCAGCAGCCACAGCACAGCUACCGCAGCAGCCGCAGCCGGAGUAUGCGCCGCAGGCGCACUAUCAGCCACCGCAGGAGCAGGCAAUGCCACAGCAGCAGCCACAGCCGGAACCGCCACAGCAGCCGCAACACAAUGGCAAUGGAUCUUCCAGCAAUGUGGAAUGUGCUGCAACUCCAUCGUUGUCUCCUGCCGCCAACUCCGAAGUAGCCGGACUACGUUUGCCGCGCAAUUUCCAUCCGUAUGGCCGGAAUAAUCAUGAGACCUGGAAGCCAGCACUCACGCUGGAGGAGCCCGACGAUCCAUCGCGUGUGUGUCAUUAUGCCAAGCUGCUGGUUUAUCCGCCAGGCGCUGGCAUCGAGUACAGUCCCGAGGAGAUAUUGGCACGCAACUACAAGCAGAAGCCAACGGCGCAACAAGUGCAGCAGCAACAGGAGCAGGAGCAGCAGGAACAACAGGAGCAGCAGACAAUUUAUGAUUCCUACGAGUCGGAUGCUUCGUACUACAUGACGGCCGUGGAUGGUGGGCUCUACGGGCAGAGCAGAGGAGACAGCAGCGUAGCCCCGACGGAGAAGGCGGUCGUAGAGAAUGCUGUGAGGCUGCUAGAAGAGGAGGAUGCCGACGAGGAGGAUGAGGAGGAAGAAGGCGAGGGUGAACAGGAGGAGGAUGACGACACCGAAGGGGAUGAGGAGGAGGAGCAGGAUGAAGAAGACGAGGAAGAGGAGAGCAAACACUACACCAAUGGCAACGUUCAGUUCAGCGCACAGACAACCUUCGAGCAGAAUAAUCGCUCCAUCAAGAUCAAGUUCAAGAAGGAGCGCACGCUGGCCAGCAGCAGCACCUACAGUGCCUACACCAUUGAGAAUAUCUAUCACCAGCAGCAGAAUCAACAGCAGCAGCAGCACCACCCACAACAGCCACAUGUGCCGCUGGAGCCACAGCCCGCCUGCUCACCCAUACCAGCUGUCACGAGCAACGCGAGCAUACAGCGUCAGCGCAAUGGCCAUCACUUUCAUCCGUAUCUGCUUGGCCAGACCUCUACGCCGAAGAGCGAGGCGAAUGGCUAUCGACGCGCACGCACCAAGGUUAGGCGCAGCAAGUUUCAGCUGCCUGAUGUAUGCAGCAACAGCAACUCUUCCUCGGCAGCAGAUGUCACCGCUUCAUCUUCGGUUGCCGCUGCUGCUCCUUCUGCUGCUGCUGGUGCAGCCACUGCCUCGGCAAGUGCCGCCCUGCCCAUACACAAUGCUACCUUCAAUGACAAUGCCAACUUCUCCUUCUCGAGUGCCACGGGGCUGGACAAUUCCAACAGUUCGCUCGCGCUGGCUGUGGAUCGGCUGCACUUUCGUGACACCUCGCAGCAGGCGCACGCCACGUCCAAUAAAACGCUGCAAGCGCACAACAAUAACAAUUACAGCAGCAACAACAAUGGCAACGCAACGACGGCCACGGCACUGGCGGACUUCUCCACCUUCCAGGAGAACUCGUACUUUGCCACGCAGCACGACACGGAGGCGCAGGAGCGUCGUCUGUCCAAGGCCGUGGAGACGAUUGCACGGCACUUGGCCAAGGAGGCCAUCGAUCCGUUCAACAGUGAACUGUGUCGCGCUUUUCUCACCAAACUAAAUUUUCCCGGCGACGAUGAUGAUCAUGCCAGCUACAAGAUUGUGCAAACGCCACUGCCAAAAAUAUCCAACACGCGCACGCUGAACGUGCUCGAGGGCGUGCAGUUCAACAUUGACAAGGAGGUGGGCCGCGGCUCCUACGGUUCGGUGUACAAGGCCACAGAUUCGCGCACAGGCAAUGUGGUGGCGUUGAAGUACCAAAAGCCGCCAAACACCUGGGAGAUUUAUAUAUGCGAUCAGGUACUCAAACGCAUCAAGGAACCGGAGGUGCUGCCUGGUUUAAUGGACAUUUCAACGGCCAUAAUUGCGCCCAAUGCCAGCCUCAUAGCCACCGAAUUCUCGCCCUUUGGCUCGCUGCUGGACAUCAACAAUAAAAUACGUCAGGCCACGACAAAAGUGAUGCACGAGUCGCUCGUGAUGCAUUUCUCUGCGCAAAUAUGCAACAUUGUGGAUCAUUUGCAUCGCCAGCACAUCAUCCACGCGGACAUCAAGCCGGAUAACUUUCUGCUGAUGCGUGUGCCGAGCGUGGACAGUCCGCUGCCAUCGCUGCGACUCAUCGAUUUUGGUUGUGCCAUCGACAUGUCGCUGUUUCCCGACGGCGAGCACACAAAGUUCCGCAAGGUGGUGCAGACCGAUGGCUUCACCUGCAUCGAAAUGCAAGAGGGACGCCCCUGGUCAUACGAAACGGAUCUCUUUUGCAUUGCGGCCACCGUCCACGUGAUGCUGUUCGGGGAGUAUAUGCAGCCGCAGAAGCGCGGCACCAACUGGGACAUACGCCAGAAGCUGCCGCGUUACCUCAAGAAGCACGUCUGGUCGAAGUUCUUUGGCGAGCUGCUCAAUAUGCAGGCGGACAAGCUGCCCGCGCUGCGCGAGAUGCGCGACAUCAUCGAGGAGGAGUGCUACCGCAUGGACUCGGAGCUACAGAAGCAAAUACGAACGCUGUCCAACAUACUGCAUCGACGAUAACCAAACUGACAGUCGCCGUUGGCCGUUCCAAUCUAUUAUUUUAGUUGUAUUUUAUUUUAAACCUUUUGCCCCCCAAUUGAUCGUGAAAUUUAUGACCCAAAAAUUAUUGUUGAAAAAUGCUAAACGCUGAAAGUACACCCCCCGACCCUCCUCCCACUAUAAUUCUUAAGUUUAAAAGUUUAACAAUUAAACCUUUUUUUAUAAUUUAUUAUUUCGAUGCCAAAAACCAAUCAAACGAACGCUAAACAACACAAACAACAUUCAGACACUGUAAAUAAUUUAGGCACAAACUCGACAGACCCAAAGGCAAAGACUUUUGUUAAGAGUUUGUGUAAAAACAAAACAAAAACAAAAAAAAUCUAAAAAUCAAAUUAAGUGAAUAUAAAGUGUAAUUUUUGUAUAUGUACAGCAAACCUCAAAACAAAGCGCAAAAUGUAUCUAUAAAUAAUAAGUAAAAAAUUAUAAGUAAAACCACCCCCCACACACAAUUAUCAGAUUGAAUUAUCGUUCGAUCUACUUGUACUAUUGAGUAAUAUAUAAAGAAACUUUAAAUGAUAGUAAAUAAAUUGACGAAAUGUUAACACAAAAA